GACAUGAGCUCCGCAUCUUAGUUAAGUUAUAUCAAAAUCCCUCAAUACAUAAUAAUUUGAUCGAUCAUAAAUGAGAUACUUUUUUGAUUUAAUUCUUCACUUUUCCCCGUUAUCUUUGGUCUCCUUUUCACCAAUUCGUGAAGUUCAUUCCACAAGCUGCACGUUGGAGGUUGGAGUAAUGGCACACAUAUCCCAGAUAUCCGGGACACCAUCGUCCCUUCCCCAAGAUUAUGCCAUUCUAUCUCGUUUUGCUGCUCCCCUUCCAGAAGAAGCUCAGGAAGGACUUGAAGCUUCUUCUAUCAGGAACGACCAGGAAGAGUAUGGUGAAGAGGAUGGCUUGCUUGCACCACGGAGGCAGGUUAGGCGCACCAGCUUCCCUGCAUCGUAUAUCAUUCCGCCGCAACCGUCCAUGAAAAUAAUUUCCCAAGUAUCUACUGUCCUCCAGCCAACUGAGACCACGCACCUCCUGGCGCCAUUGAUUCCGCUUAUCCGGGAGAAUGUGGACUUUCCUAGUGAUGGACAUGAACCUAGUACCACUCAAAUGUACUGGGAAGAAUUUUGGAUCUUGUUGAAAUACACCUUGCCUGUCUUUGGCACGCAUGUUUUUGAGCACAGCAUGAUAAUGUCAUCUGUGAUCUCCAUCGGCCAUAUUUCAACCGUCGCUCUUGCUGCCGCAACUAUUGGGUUCAUGACUGCUAAUGUCACCGGUCUGAGCAUUAUCCAUGGUCUUGUUUCAACCUUAGACACAAUGCUUCCCGGGGCUUGGACCUCUGAUCAACCGCACCUUGUUGGACUGUGGACGCAGCGCAUGACGGUUGUCGUGGCUGUUACACUUAUACCUAUGUUUGUUAUAUGGUUCAAUGCGGAGCCUAUCCUGCUUUUGCUGAGGCAAGAACCGGAGGUUGCGCGACUCGCUGGUAUUUACUUGAAAUGGGCCUCGUUAGGUCUGCCGGCCUAUGCAUUCAAUUGCAUUUCCCGCCGAUAUUUCCAGUCCCAAGGUCUCUUCGCUGUGCCGACUCGUAUCAUCAUGGCAGUGGCACCUAUCAACGUGCUUUUGAAUUAUGGGCUGGUAUGGGGUCCGGAACCAAUCAGAUUAGGUUUCAUUGGCGCCCCGAUAGCGACAUCGAUUUCCUACAAUCUUGUGUCGAUAGCCUCUGUUAUCUACGGCAUUUUCUUUGUUGAGAAGACUGCCUGGCAUCCACUGUCACGGCGAUCCUUCACCUCCUUGGGUCUUCUUGUUCAGCUUGGGUUAGGUGGCGUUGGUCAGGUUGCUUCAGAGUGGUGGUCGUGGGAACUAGUCGGGCGUGCCCUUGGGCCAACAGCGUUGGCAACCCAAUCAGUUCUUUUAUCGACCUGUUCAUCCACUUUUCAAGCCGCAUUUUCUUUGGGUAUUGCGACCUCUGUCCGUGUCGGAAAUCUUCUUGGUGAAAAGAAUGCAAGGCGUGCUGGAGUUUCUGCGAAUACAGCUAUUCUGCUCUCUGCUGUAGCAGCAGGAUUCUUUAGUGUCGUUUUGUUGGUUUUCCGCAAGUCAUGGGGUUAUUUAUUCAACAACGAUCCCGAGGUCGUGACACUUGUGGCACAUAUCCUGCCAUUAGCGGGUUUGUUCCAAGUGCCUGACUUUGCAUGCGCUAUCACAUCAGGAAUACUGAGAGCGAGAGGCAAACAGUUCACUGGGGCUCUACUCAAUCUUAGCGCCUACUACGUCAUUGGAAUUCCCCUUGGAUUGUGGCUUGCCUUCAAGCAAGACAUGCAACUCGCAGGGCUUUGGGGUGGUCUCACCGUUGCUCUACUUUAUUCGUCGACUCUUGGCAUCUGGCUCUGCAUUAAAACGGAUUGGAAGAGGGAAGUGGAGAAAGUAGCGGAGCGCCUUGCUGUAGACAAGAAGUGCCGCGAUGCGGACUCUGAACAUCUGGUGCAAUGAUUGGUGAGCUAGUUGAUGACGCAUAUUGGCCAGGAGGUGGCGUAGUGCAGUCCAUUCACGUCUUUAACGACCUUAUGAAGCUUACUUGAACUCAAUCCCCUUGUGGGAAACUCUUUAUCAGACUGUGCCUCGUCUAGCUGUGCUUUCAAGUGUGAACACAUGACCACUCUCCAGA